CCCGAGUCCGCAGUCGUCAAAGUGCCGCCAAGCGCUUCACUGCAAUCUUCCUCGGCGCGAAGAUUCUUUCUUUGUAUUAGUUCAUACUCUCCAAUUUGGGACGUAAAUCGUAAUUUUGAAAUUUUUAACUCGUGUUUUUGGAGAGCGCGCGGAAUACGAAAAAUUAUUAUUCCAUAAUAGGAGGUAAAUAUUAAUUCGUAAGGGUCCGGUAUGAAGAUGGACAUACUUUCGAAGUUUCAAAACGAUGGCUACGUCGUGCUGGAAGAUUAUCUUUCACCUAGCGAGGUUGAAGAGCUCCGUACCGCAGGCGAAGAAUUUACGACAAACUUGCCACCGGAAAACGAAAGACGAGUAUUCGAUACCGUAAACUUGCCGCAAAGCAAGGAUCAAUAUUUUCUCGACAGCGCCCACAAGAUAAGCCUCUUCUUCGAGGCUGGAGCUCUGGAGGAUGACGGAAAACUGAAAGUUCAUCCCAGAGUAUCACUGAACAAGGUGGGACACGCUCUUCACUGGCUGCAUCCAACGUUUAAGAAAAUUUCAUUCGACGACAGAGCAAAGGAGACUGCUUUUCAGCUAAACUUUCAGGAACCAGCAAUAUGUCAGUCGAUGUAUAUAUACAAAAAUCCCGGUAUUGGUUCUGAAGUAACCGCACACCAGGACGCAACGUACCUCUAUACGCAACCCCCUCAGCUCCUAGGCUUCUGGAUAGCCCUGGAGGACGCUACGCUGGAGAACGGCUGUCUGUGGAUAGCGCCUGGCUCUCACAAAGGCGGAGUGCAUCGACGCUACAUGCGCAACAAGGAUCCGGAGGCCAGCGAGCUUCUGGUAUACGACAGCGCCGCGCCCUGCUACCCCCAGAGCAACUUCCGAGCCAUACCGGUCAAGAAAGGGACCUGCGUGCUCCUCCACGGGCAGGUCGUCCAUUUCUCGAAUAGCAACAAGAGCCAGAAGUCCCGACACGCCUACACCUACCACGUCGUCGAAACCAAACACGUACAGUACUCCAAGGACAACUGGCUUCAACCCCCUAAUCCUGAGGGGUUUCCUUUACUAUACAGAAAUUAGACAAUUACGUUUGUUCAAUGCAUUCUUCGAAUUUAUUUUUCUCUCAAUUUUUACGACGAAUUCACUGGCUUUUCAAGCUCUUAAACGUCAAUCGUCAAGAGUAUCGAAAAAAAUAGAU